AUGAACAAGUAUAUGUACUUCAGCGAAUUUUGGCUGGAGAACACCGGUAUAUUCGAACGUGAUGGAAAACGGUAUAUCAUCUUGAUGAUCGUGCCGCUAGUUAUUAAUAUAUCUGCUAUUAUUGGUGGAAUCGCCGAGCUCAGCCGUGUGACAGACGAUUUUCAACUCGUUGCUGAACUCGUGAGUGCGUGGCUGCUCAGCAUCAAUGCUAUAACGAGGUUUAACUGCUUGAUCAUCAAUCGAAAGAAAAUGAUCCGCUUAAGACACGUUGUUAAAACUGGCAAGGUGAGUGGAGGACAGCUAUCAGAAGCCGAUGAUCAGAUUUUAAGUCACUACGACCGACUAGGACUCCGCUUCUGUAGAAUUUACUCACUCAUAGCACUCGUAGUGAGCGUAUCGAUGCUGCUGCAGCCCAUUCCAGGCAUGUUGAUAUUCGGACACCAACGAAAGCUACCUUUUCCUAUUUAUUAUCCAUUCAACACGAACACAACGAUUGGCUACCUCGCCGCUUAUGUCCACGAAAUCAUGAGCGGUUGCGCCGUCAUUAUCCAAAUCUUGUCCUUUGAUUCGUGGUUCAUAUUCCUACUCCAUCACACCAGCAGUAAUCUUCACCUACUGCAAAAUUGGCUCGAAAAAAUCACUGAGACAGAACAACAUCGAGUGCACGAAAAAAUUGUCAGGUGCAUUCGGCUUCACCAGAAUGCCUACAAAUUUGCCGCGGACCUAGAGGAAGUUUUCAACAGAACUGUUAUUUUGCUUUUUCUUGUAACUACCGUCAAUAUCUGCAUCAGCGGCUAUGCGUUAACCAGAAGCGGUAGUCAACCGCAACUGCUGGUAAAACAUUUCUCCGCAAUUAGCGGACAAAUCCUGCAAGCCUUGUUACUCAAUUGGUGUGGACAGCUCAUCGAAGAUAAGGCUAGUAUAUGUGCCACUAAUAUAAUGAAGGAAUCUUUUAUCCUCAAAACGAGCGUUGGAGUGAGUCUCGCUGUUUCGAGGGCCAAGUUAUAUGAACUAAAACUUAACCAUCAAAAAGAUCUGGGCUUAUUAAUGAUGAUCCGAAGUCAGACGCCGAUAUCACUGACAGCUGGAAAAUUCUACAACUUAUCUCUAGUGACUUUCACGAAUGUAAGAUUUCGGAGCAUGUAUUCAGCCUAUCAGAUCGACGUGCCAAACUUACAUCGAGCUUAAAGAGAGACAGAAAAAA